AAGAGGCUAGCUCGAGCUAGCAUGCUAACUGGAAGGGGAUUUCAGCGAGGCCAUUGUUAGAAACCACAAUGGUCGGCACACACCGCGUUGCAACGAAAGAUACAAAGCUCGUACCGUUCGAGGCAGGGGACGGGUCGCGAGGGAUGCUGGAGCCUAUCUCAACUGUAUUCGAGCAGUAGGUGAGGUACACCCAGGACAAGUCGCCACCUCAUCGCAGCAUCCAUCGUCAUCAGGAUACGAAGAAACGAGGAGGAGGACUUUCCAUGAUUUGCUCUCCAUGCUUUCAAGGGGAUUACUAAAGAGGUCAUCAUGCACACUGACUUGGAGAGAUCCGAGAUAAGGUAGGCUGGAUUCACUUAAUCCAGGGAGGGAGGGUAUAAAACAUCUCGCCAUGAAGGAGAAGUCAUCAUUGGAAAGUUUUCCAGAACGGGAACACUCUGAAAGAAACUAACUCUGAAAAUGUCAGCCACUGCAACCAUAAUGCGUUCUGUCAAAUCAGCCGCAACAUGUCUUCUCCUGUUGUCUGCUCUUCUCUACUGGGCUGACUCUUACCCCGACAUGGUCUCCUCGGAUGCUGCGUGCAACGAGUGCGCGCUGAAAAAGAACGAGCUUUUCUCUGGGGACUUUCCCAUCUAUCAAUGUAUGGGUUGCUGUUUCUCCAGAGCUUACCCGACACCUCUCAAUGUCAAGAAGAUGAUGAUGAUCCCCAAAAACUUCACCUCGGAGGCAACGUGCUGCAUCGCAAGGGACAGCUACGAGGUAAGACACAUGAACAUAAUCGUGAGAAACCACACCGGGUGCAAUUGCGACACCUGCAUGUAUCACAAGAUCUGACAGAUAAAAACAAUAAGUUAUGGGAAUGAUUCAACUUCACUCUGCAAUUUCAUAUUUGCAAUGAGCUAUUCCUUUCUUUCUUUUUUUUAAUCUCAAUUUAGGAAUGCAUGUUCUUAUGUUGACCAGGUCAUCAUUUUUGCAGCUUUGUUUUGCUUGAUGUGUCAUGUACCCAAACAAUGUGAGCCCGCGUGUUGAUCUCAUUUGUUGUAUAUGCAACAAUGAAAAUGUUGUCAGUUGUGAAUGGAAUUACGCAGAUGCAAUAAAAGAAAUAAAAAGGAGAAACGUUA